AUGGCAAGGCUUUCAAACAUUUCGUGUGUUCGAUAUGGAGUAGUACCACCCUGUAUGAAUCAUUUCGGAUUUUUGACUUGUGGAACUUGUCUGAAUACUUAUGAUAGUGGUCAACAUGCCCCUAAAUUGCUAACAUGUAGUCACACUUUAUGUAAAUUGUGCUUGGAAUCAAUUUGCAAUCAACCUGGAGUUCCCGAGAAUGGCUUUAGGUGUCCCAUUUGUCGUGAGCUGAUACAUUUACCACAAGGAGAGGGUUCUAUUAAUUUUCCUCCUUCCUUUAUGGUUAAUCAGCUGCUUGAUCUUGUUAGUCGUCAACGAAGAGAUGUCAUUCCCAAAUGCAUCCGCCAUGUCACCCAAGAGCUUUUAUUCUGUGAAACAUGUGACAAAGUUUUCUGUUUACUUUGUGAUGAUGGUUCAUCUCAUUCAACGAUUAAUUGUAAACAUACCGUUAUACCUUUCGCAGUCGCAAUCAAACGCCUGUCAGAGAUAUUGAUGUACAAAGGACAACAAUGCAUUGCCAAAUAUAAUGAAGCCCAUAAGAAUGUAACUAAAGAGAUACUUAUGCUUGAACAGAAUGCCGGAGAAACUGCUUCGAUUAUCAAACAAACCUUUAAAGACAUGAUGGAUCUGGUAAAUAAACGAUGUCAAGAGGUUCUUUCGGUCGCAAACAAGAUGAAGGAGGAUAAACUUAAUAUUCUUAUGAACCAGAUGAAGCUUAUUGAAGAAGGAAAGUCAGAGAUUGUCACCGACUGUGAGAAUUAUGAACAGCGAGUUGAACUUCGCCAUAUAACUCGAAAAAUUGAGGAACUUCAUGAGAAGAUUGAUAAAAUUAAUGUUCUCCUUGAACCAAGAGAAAACUGUUUCAUUCGCUAUGAGCAUCCAGUCGAUUCUACCCUUCAAUCUAUUCAGACAGCAAUUUGUAACUUUGGAACAGUUCGUUCAAGCAGCACAUUUCCACCCCUCUGUGAGGCAAAUAUCGAUAAAUGUUUCGCCAAGUUAAGGUCAGUUGUGAACAUACUCACUUACGAUUAUGCUGGAUCUCGUCAAAAGUAUGGUGGUGAUCCUGUCACUGCAGAACUAAGUUAUCUCCCUGACGGAACUGAAAUUGCGGUUCGAGUUGUUGACAAAUGUGAUGGUACUUAAAAGAAAAAGUGAUCUUGCAACAAUUAUCAUGUUAUCGUUGUGGAUCUUGGCAAUGAUUGUAUCAAAAAGUAUCGAUAUUAUUAAUCAACAAAUCGAAGCAAUUAACUCUCCUGUUACUUAACAGGAUUAACAAGAAUACACCAACAGAUGAAUUAACGAAACUUGAUUGUCUGUACAUUGGCCAAUAUCAUUUCCAAAAAUCAUCUUCAUCUUUCAGCACUAAUCUCAUUUUUAAAUAACACCAUAGACAACAAAAAGUACUUCAAAAUCAUGAUUGUAUAGAAAAGCUUAAUUGUAACAAUAAAAUUUAUAUGCUUAACAUUAACAA